AUGAACGACAAAGAUGAGAUCUAUGAGGAUCCUGAGUCUACUGAGGUUGAUGAGAGCGAGGACACGGAUGAUACGGGAGCGAGUGUGGAGGCAGCAGUGAAGCAGGAAGAAGAGAUAGUCACCAUGGAGGCAGCAGCGGUGAAUGAUGGAGAUGGAGAUGGUGUCAACACUUUUGCAGCAGCGGUCGUGGUUAAAGAUGAAGCAGUAAAUGCGAAGUGUGUGGGAGUUGAAGCUGUGAAAGGGGGCAUCAUGGUUGAUGAGAGUGAGGACACGGAUGAUACGGCAGCGAGUGUGGAGGCAGCAGUGAAGCAGAAAGAGGAGAUAGUCGCCAUGGAGGCAGCAGCAGUGAAUGGUGGAGAUGGAGUUGGUGUCAACACUUUUGCAGCAGCGAUCGUGGUUGAAGAUGAAGCAGUAAAUGAGAAGUAUAUGGGAGUUGAAGCUGUGAAAGGGGACAUCCUGGUGAAAGGAUCAAAGGAGAAAGCAACUGCAAAGGGGCGAGUGCUUACGAAGGAGGAACACGUUGAGGGGUACGAGACCCGAGAGGUGUUGGGUGUUAAGAUGCCGAGGAGAAGUGAGAGGCUUAAGAAAAUGUCUCAAGGUUUGGACGUCAAGGCGCUCAAAUUCAAGACACGUAAGGAGAGGUUCAAGGUGGAGGAGCUGCAGGGGAGCGUGAAGCCGACUUAG